AUGGUCCGCGCUGGCGGCGAGAGCGGAGGACGGUACGGUGCGGUCUGCAGGGUGCGUGCUCCUGCCGGCCGCGCUACACCCCCUCCGUUCCUUGCUUCUUCCAAGCAGCCUGGCCGGCCUCGUCCUCGUCCACCGCCAUGGCUCGGGUCGGGUGGCGGCUUGACUGGACUCGGCUGGCCUCGCGCGCCGCAAUAUGACUGGCGACGGUGGCCCCUCGAUUCUUCCCUGCCGCUCGCGUGGUGCAGCAGGCUCGACGGCCUGCCAAGUGGCAUCGCAUCCCACCGCACCCGCGCCGCGCCGCACCGCAUGCACGAGCGGGCUCGCUCGCCACGCACCGCAUCAGCCGAGCGCGCACGCCCCAUGGCAUCCGCACUGGCCGCCGCGCUGCGUCUGGCCUGCGUCGGCGCCGGCGCACCUUGUCAUCCGCGGUACACCCGCCCCGUCGUCCACGGCAUCACGCCCCGUCGUCCACGGCACGCCCCAUCGUCCACGUUGCACCAUAUCGUGACGGUGCGCAAGGGACGCGCCAUUCCGCGAGCCCGUCGGGAUGCCACGCUGGCCGUCGCUGAUGCUCCUCUCGGCGAGCGCCUACCGUCGUCGUCGUCGGCGGCGCUCGGGAUGCGCGAACGGCAACGGUGGAUGCAGGGCGCAUACGAGCAUUCGCACACGCCGCCGUGGCCGUGCAUCCGUCGCCAAAAGUCUGCGUCGCUGCCGCCUCGGCCGCCGCCAUCGCCCAUGGUGUCCAUCCGGCAACGGGUAGGUCGGCGAUAA